AUGACUCUCAUUCAACAAUACCCACUCGUCGUCUCAGCAACUCUCAUCAAUUUGGUUCAAUACUUGUACACUGGAUUCAAAGUAGGAGGUGCUCGACAAAAGUAUGGCGUUAAGGCUCCAGCUACUACUGGACAUCCUGAGUUUGAAAAGCUCUAUCGUAUUCAAAUGAAUGGUCUUGAAUUCUUACCUGUGUUUUUGUCAUCUUUAUGGCUCUGUGCUCUCACUUCACAAAACGAUAAAUUGAGUGGUGCUUUGGGAUUGACCUAUGCUGUCGGAAGAGUUGUUUAUGGACUCGGUUAUCCUGAAAAGAGAGGACCAGGAUUCUUGAUCUUCUUUUUGAGCAUUGUUGGCUUGAUGGGUGUUUCUGCUUUCCAAUUUUUCAAAAAUUAA